AUGACACCUGCUGUAGAUUCAAAGCAAACCUAACAAUUGUACAACUCCUGGAGAGACCUCCCUUGGGACAAGGACUUUGCCAUCUAUAUUUUGUAAGUUCUCCUUGCUAGUCUUGCUUUCUGGGCAUUCAUGUACUUCUACGGAUGCUACCAUCACCCAAUUCCGAAGUACUACAAGUCUAAGAUGAGUGUUUAAGAUCAAUUCAUUUGGAGAUUCAGAGUGAUCAACUGUUACCACGGAGCAGCUGCUACUCUGCUAUCCCUCUAUUGGCACUUGAUUAACUACACAACAGAAUGCUCAAGACAAAUUACAACUUUUGAAUUGAUAAUGUUAGCAAAUACUUGCUGCCAUUUAUUAAUGGAUGGCUUAUUUAUGUAUGUUAAUGGUUUCCUUGACACUGGUAACCUAAUCCAUCAUUUCUUCGGCAUAUCUGGGUAUUUUGCUUGUGCCUAUCACUAGCAUAACUUUACUUAAAUGGCAAUGCACUUGCUGCCUGCUGAAUUUUCAAAUGUAUCAAUGCAUAUGAGAGAAAUUCUCAAGAGAAUGGGAAUGCGAUAUACCAAGACUUAUUACCUCAACGACUAUGCCUACUAUAUUGAAUACAUUAUCUGCAGAGCCCUCUGGAUUCCUGCUGUCUUCUAUUUCUUUGCAACAUGUGCAACAACUAGUCCAGCUCACAUGAUCAUCUACCCACUACAUGUUUUAAUGAGCUGGUAUUAUGUUUCAAACAUCCCACCUCUCAUGAUCUCAAGAUACAAAGAAAUGAAGAAGAUUGAAAAAGCAGGAAUGAAGCUCGAAUGGAUCAAACCAUUAGACUCUGAAGAACUUAAGAAAUAGGGCAUAGUUUCAACUGAAAGGUUUCACACAUGA